GAAUACAGUCGAUUUCCUGAGACCAAAACAUUCACUUCUAAAGGAUUGAGAUGCGCUGAUUGUGAAUCUGGCCUUAUAAUUUCUUCAUUACUUGUUUUCAAGAUAUUUGAACCCAAAAUGAUGUUAUAUUUAUAAAAUCUGUUAUCUGAAAGUCCAAUUCGUUGACUUUAAAAUAAAGGCUUAACAUUUUUCAAUUAUUUAACCUUCUUCUUAAUCUUAAACUGAUCAUUUCUCUGUCAAUAUGCUAAUGUUCGAUAUCUCUAUUUUUAGUUUGAAUCAGUAGAUGUUUAGUAAAUAAAUAAUGGAUUGCGACUUAAAUUUUUCAUAGAAAUCAAUAUGUUAUAGAAAAUUUCCUGCAAGAAGCAAAAAUACAAAAAUAUUACAUUUACUAAAAAUAUUAACGAACAAUGCUAAUAUUAAUAUCUGUUUUUGUCGGUUUAUCAAUAAAUAGUUUAUUCCAAUUGAUUAUCAAACAACAAAAUCCUAAAACACUUUAAACUAUUUGUAAAUUUAUAUAUAAAGCACUUACAUAAUUUUUUUUAGUUACAAUCUAACAUUUAUAGUAAAAAGACUUAAUUAAAUAAAUAGAACAUUUUAUUUAUAGAGUGUGAAACCCUUAAAGAAACAUGUCCGAACUACCCAGUGAUCUUAACCAGUUAUUUAAUUUUAUAGAUGAUCAUAAAUCGAAAUAUAUUGAUGCCUUAAGAACUGCUGUAGCCAUACCAUCUGUUUCGGUAUGGCCUGAAAAACGUGAAGAAGUUGAACGUAUGGUAAGAUGGACUGAAGAUAAAUUGAAAGAAUUAGGAGCUGAAACCAGAUUGGCUGAUAUUGGUAAAGAAACCUUAGCUAAUGGAGAAGAAAUUCCAUUACCUAAAGUAUUAUUGGCCACAAUAGGAAAGGAUACAAACAAAAAUACAGUUUUGAUUUAUGGUCACUUGGAUGUUCAACCCGCACUUAAAGAAGACGGCUGGGCCACCGAACCCUUCGAACUAACCGAAAUAGAUGGCAAAUUAUGGGGUCGUGGUUCGACUGAUGACAAAGGUCCCGUUCUUUGUUGGAUACAUGCCAUCGAAGCGUAUCAAAAGUUAAAUAUUGAUUUACCAGUUAAUGUUAAAUUUGUUUUGGAGGGAAUGGAGGAGAGUGAUAGUGAAGGUUUAGAUGAGCUGCUUAUGAGUCUUAAAAAUGAUUUUCUGCAUGAUGUUGAUUACGUUUGCAUUUCGGAUAAUUAUUGGUUAGGCAAAACAAAACCCUGUCUCACCUAUGGUCUACGUGGUUUGGUCUACUACUACAUUGAAAUUGAAUGUGCUCAAAAGGAUUUACAUAGUGGUGUAUUUGGUGGUACUGUACAUGAGGCUAUGCCUGAUUUGUGUUGGCUUUUAAGUACUUUAGUGGAUAAAGAUACUAAGAUUCUAAUACCGGGUAUAGAAAGAGAUAUUGUUCCUUUGUUACACAAUGAACUGGAAAUUUAUGACAAAAUUGAUUUUGAUGUCGAAGAAUAUAAAAAAGAUGUCGGUUCCACUAGUUUGCCUCACAACGAGAACAAAUCUCAAUUGUUAAUGCACAGAUGGCGUUAUCCCUCUUUAUCGAUACACGGCAUUGAAGGUGCCUUCUCAGAGGCCGGUGCUAAAACGGUUAUACCUGCCAAAGUUAUAGGUAAAUUCUCCAUACGUUUAGUAGACAAUCAGGAUCCCGAUCAUGUAACCGAAUGUGUUCUUAAAUAUCUAAAUGAGAAAUGGACAGAACGUGGUUCACCCAAUAAAAUGAAUGUGAAAUUAAUCAAUUCUGCUAAAUCAUGGUCUGGAGAUCCAAAUCAUCCUCAUUAUGAAGCUGCUAAACGAGCAACCAAACAUGUCUUCCAUGUUGAGCCUGAUAUGACACGUGAAGGCGGUUCUAUACCCAUAACUUUGACGUUGCAAGAGGCAACAGGAAAAAGUGUUAUUCUAGUGCCGGUGGGAGCCAGUGAUGAUGGUGCCCACUCCCAAAAGGAAAAGAUUGAUAUUUAUAAUUACAUUGAAGGGACUAAACUCCUGGGGGCUUAUUUGUAUGAAGUCAGCCAAUUAAAUUAAGUUUCGUUUCGUCAUUGGUAAACAUUUCUUCCAAACAUGUACAUUAGUGAUAAAGAAUAAAAGAAAAUAAUUAAAAA